GUGCUCCCAUAAGCAUUCCUGGUCCUGGUCCUGAGUGAGGAUGGUGUGGUUCUCCUUUCAGGCGGCUCUGAUAGCCCUUGUCCCUUGAAAGGGACCAGGCUGGCAACGAGGACACUGGAGGCGGUGCUUGCCGGUGCCACGCCCCUCCCACAGGUCGUUGUUGAUGAAGGCCCAUCUGCCGGUACUCACGUAGGCCCUGGAGUUUGUCAUACGAGACACGGGUCUGGGUCCUCACGCCCUGAAAGGCCGCUGGGGUCCGUGCAUGAGAGCUCCUGCCGCGCCAGAACCCGAAGGCCGGAAGCCAAGCAACGCCAUGAGCGGCCCCCUGCGGUCGGGACCAAGCGGUUGGCGGCGGGCGGCCAGCGUGUUGCUAACGGCGGGCUGGAAGCACCGGGGCCCCGCCGGGCCCUCGUUGUCCCCGCCGCCCGCUGAGGGCUUCCGACUGCUGCUGCUGCAGCGUUCCAAGGGCCAAGGCUUCUUGCCGGGGGCGCACGUCUUUCCCGGCGGCAUACUGGACGCGGCAGACUACUCCGCCGAUUGGCUGAGCCUCUUCGCGCCGCACCACCAGCCACCGCGCUUCAGCCUGAACCCCUCACCGCCCCCGCGCAGCCCCUUCCCGGUGCUGCCCGCCGACAGGACACACGCCGUAGACCGGGCGCUGCCGGAUGACGUAGCCUUACGUAUCUGUGCCAUCCGGGAGACCUUCGAGGAGGCCGGCGUGCUGCUGCUGCGGCCCCGGGCCUCGCUGGCCGCUGCGCCUGAGCCGGCCCGCGCCCUCCCACCGCCUGCGGGCCUGGCAGCCUGGCGCGCCCAAGUCCACCGCGACCCGCGCCAGUUCCUGCGCUUCUGUGAGCACCUCGACUGCACGCCGGACAUCUGGGCACUGCACGAUUGGAGCGUCUGGCUCACACCGUUCAUCCAACGUGGCGGUCGCCGCUACGACACGACCUUCUUCCUGUGCUGCCUGAGUGAGCCGCCGCCGGUCUACCCAGACUUGGCCGAGGUGGUGGGCUGUAAGUGGUCAUCUCCAUCAGAGGCAACUGAAAGUUUCGUAUCAAAAGAAAUUUGGUUGGCACCCCCACAAUUCUAUGAAAUAAGAAGACUCGAAAACUUUGCCUCGCUCUCUGACUUGCACAAGUUUUGUUUGGAUCUCGCAUUGGAAGAGGUGGAAAGAUGGCUGCCUAUCUCAUUAUUGACUGCUGAUGGGCGGAUCCAGCUUUUACCAGGAGAUGAGCUAUACUUAGAAGAUUCAGACUUUUUAGAAAAUGUUUUGACCACCGAAAAAAAGACUGAAGAAAUCAUGAAGGAAGGCAGGAAAUUUCACCGAUUAGUGAUACACAGUCUGAAUCAUGUUUAUAGUAUCCAUGUGACUGUUCAGUCGAAGAACAAACAUGUUUUUCCUAAGAACUAUGUAGUAAGUAAGAGCCAUUUGUAGUAUUACUUAUUUGUAAGCUGGCCCACUUCACUUGAAAUUGUCCUAAUGAAUAAUGAGGGUUGACUAGAUUUGCUUGGAACUUAACUUUGUGCCUGUAAAAGUUAUAGUACCGGGGAUCAAAUAUAUGGUGAUGGAAGGAGAACUGACUCUGGGUGGUGAACACACAAUGGGAUUUAUAGAUGAUGUAAUACAGAAUUGUACACCUGAAAUCUAUGUAAUUUCACUAACAAUUGUCACCCCAAUAAAUUAAAAAAAAAAAGUUAUAGUACAGUCUUUCAUAUUUCAGGUAUAUUAUGGAGCUCUCUUGCUUUAUUCUUUAAACCUUGCUGUGUCACACAGGUAUAAAGUAUUAAUGAUCUUAUCGAAAUGAGAAGAAAAAAAUUCACAAGGGUUUCCACUUAUGUAUUUUUUCACUAUCAAAAGUUUAAAUAAGCUUUUCUACUGCCAUUGUCUUUUAAAUGUCCAGUGUAUUAGCAUUUUCCUUGAUGUGCUUAGGAGAUCGAUCCAUGAGUUCCUUAGCCUUUCUGCUAGAAUUAAUUUAAGGGUGUCUGAUUACAUAGUGAACAGUAGACUGAGAAGACCCUUGAGUGACAAUGUCAUUAUUUUCUCAAUAUUAUUUAGCUUGAUGUCAUUAUUUAGCUUGAUUAUUAAGAUACAGUUCUGUUUAAAACCAAAUGGCAUUAGUUAUUAGGUUCAUGAAAUUGUAAACCUAUUUUAGUUAAUAUUUUAAAUAAAUAUGAAUCCAUAACAAAAGUCAUAACUAUUUUUAGUCUGGAGUAAUAGUUAAUGAAACAAAGAGCUUAGAGAAAUGUAGAAUUAUUCAUCAUUUAAUGGUGUUUAUUAAUGAUGUUUAUUUUCAGUGUUUUUAAUAUGGGUAAUUUUUUCACCUGUUAAGAGGAAUAUUGUUUAUUUAUUAAAGAUAGGAAAUGGUUAAACACCAAUUGUAUUUCGGGUCUUUGACUAUAUUAUGCAUUGUACUAUAGAUUUACUUUUUCAUGAAAUGUCUUAAUUUUUCUACUUAUAAAAUAGAAGUAUUGAUGAAUAAAGUUUAUGUGUAUUAUUUAAUUCUGAUUAGAAGAAUACAUCUAGAUCAGUGGUUCUUCACCCAGGGCACUUUUGCCCUUCAGGAGACAUCUAGAAAGGUCUAGAAUUAUUUUUGGUUGUCCCAGCUGAGUGACUACUCUGUUGUCACAGCUGAAAGGUGCUACUACCAUCUAGUGGGGAGAGGCCAGGGAUGCAGUUAAAUAUCCUCCAAUACAUAGCACAGCCUCCCCAGCAAAGAAUUAUCUGGCCAAGGUUGAGAAACUGAUCUAGAGUAAAAUCUAUUUUCUUCAAUAAAUGAUUCCAAUAUGUAAAUUU